CGGUUUCGUAUUACAUUCUAUUCGUGUUUUGUUGUUGUGAUUUCGUUAUCAACAAUAAAUUUUAUUAAAUUCAUCGUGUUACUACUAUACAUUUGCGAUGACGGAAAUUACUUUGAAGGGAGUUACUGUGCAAUUCCCUUUCAAACCCUAUCAAGUUCAAGAAGAUUAUAUGGCAAAAGUUAUUGAAUGUUUACAAGAUGGGAAAAAUGGAGUUUUAGAGUCACCUACAGGUACUGGAAAAACAUUAAGUUUACUUUGCUCAUCAUUGGCUUGGCUCAUUGUCAAAAAAGCUCAAAUACAAUCUCAAGCGCUAUCAAUGGGAGCUUUAGAUCAGUUGAGUGGUGGUUCUGAUUUUGCUGAACAAUUUUCAAAAAAUUUAGACAAAGGAGGAGGCAAAGCUUUGGUCCAAACACAAAAUACUUUUGGAUGGUCUAUGCCAAAAAUUAUUUAUGCGUCAAGAACUCAUUCCCAACUAUCUCAGGCUAUGCAAGAAUUGAAACGAUCUGCAUAUAAACACGUCAAUGUAACAGUUCUUGGUUCAAGAGAUCAACUUUGCAUUCAUCCAGAAGUGGCAAAAGAAACCAAUAGUGCUACUAAAAUUCAUAUGUGUCAAGCUAAAAUAAAAGCAAGAACUUGUUACUAUUAUAAUAAUGUUGAAGCAAGGAAAGAUGAUCCAACUAUAAGGCAAAAUAUUUUGGAUAUUGAAGAUUUGGUAAAGACUGGCCAAAAAUUGAAAUGUUGUCCAUAUUACCUGACUAGGGAAUUGAAACAAAGUGCUGAUAUUAUAUUUAUGCCAUACAAUUAUAUUUUAGAUCCUAAGACUAGGAAAAAUCAAAGUAUUGAAAUUCAAAACAAUGUUGUUUUGCUGGACGAAGCACACAAUGUUGAAAAGAUAUGUGAAGAAGCAACUUCUUUGCAGAUUAGUAGUACAGAUAUUGCAGUUUGUAUAGAUGAAAUAACAGCUGUUAUGAAAGACAUGAUCGAUGAAACAAAUGAACAGAAUGAUUUUGAAACUCCAAAUGCUGUACAAAAGGAUUUUACAGCUGAAGAUUUAUGUAAUUUAAAAGCCAUGUUUUUAGAAGUAGAAAAAGCUAUAGAUGCUAUUGUUAUAACAAGAACUGACGAAGGUGAAACGUUUUCCGGUGGUUAUAUUUUUGACUUACUGGAAAAAGCUGAUAUAUCACAUGGAAAGUCACAACUUAUAUGUGACAAGUUGGAUAAAAUUAUUCUUUAUUUAACAACUGUUAAUACAUCUUCAUUUAUUAGAAAAGGGAAUGCUCUUCAAAAGUUUUGUGAUUUACUGCGUGUAGUAUUUGUAGGAGCAAAUUCUCAAAACUAUAGAGAAAGAGUUAAAAGAUGUUACAAAGUUUACAUUCAAGUUGAGCAGCCUAAAAAAAGUUCAAAAAAUGUUUGGGAAACCAAAAAAAUUACAAAGUCAGAUGGGAAAUUAAUUAGUUAUUGGUGUUUCAGUCCUGGAUUUGGCAUGCAACAAAUAUUGGAUCAAGGUGUUCGUUCAGUUGUUUUAACCAGUGGUACCUUGUCACCAUUGAAACCAUUUAUAUCUGAAAUUGGAAUUGACAUUGCUGUACAAUUGGAAAACCCUCACAUAGUAACAGAGAAACAAAUUUGUGUUGGCAUUAUAAGUGCUGGUCAUGAUGGUUAUACUUUAAAUUCUUCAUACAAUACAAGAAAUGAUCCAAAAUACAUUGGAUCUCUUGGAGAGACUAUAAAAAUUUUGAGUAGUAUUUUACCACAUGGACUAUUGAUUUUCUUUCCAUCAUAUCCAAUUAUGAGGACUUGUCAAGAAGAAUGGCAGAAAACGGGAAAAUGGACGCAAAUAGAAAAUAAAAAACCUAUCUUUGUGGAACCUCAAUCCAAAGAUGGGUUUAACAGUAUUAUUAAUGAGUAUUACAACAAAAUUAACGAUCCUCACCAUAAAGGAGCAAUUUUUAUGGCAGUUUGUAGAGGAAAAGUAAGCGAAGGUUUAGAUUUUGCUAAUGCCAAUGGAAGAGCAGUUAUAAUUACUGGAUUACCAUUCCCUCCUCUGAAAGAUCCUCGAGUUAUAUUAAAACAACGUUAUUUGGAAGAAAACAAAGCAUUAGGAAAAAUUAGUUUAACAGGACAACAGUGGUAUCAAUUGGAAGCUUCAAGAGCUGUGAAUCAAGCUAUAGGCCGUAUAAUUCGUCAUAAGAAUGAUUAUGGAGCUAUACUACUUUGUGACUGUCGUUUCGAUAAUCCAUCUUUUAAGCAACAAUUAUCAGCUUGGAUUAGACCACGUAUAAAAAAAUUUCCAAAUUUCAAAACUGUAAUCAAAGACUUGCAAAUAUUUUUCAAAUACGCUCAAACAAAUUUGCCUCAGCCGUCAGGUAGUACUAUUGAUAUAUCAGAUUUGUCUUUACCAGCGGUUCCAGCUCAGUUUGAUACUAGUGGAGUUCGCCGACGUCAAAUGAAUGCUAAAGUUAAUGAGACAGCAUCUCAAAAUGAAAAUGGAAAUUUCGAUAUUAGUAGUUACUAUAGAUGCGAAUCUCAUCAAUGUGUUGAAAAAUCUAUUAGUCAAAAUAAUAGUUUUGCUUCCUUACUGGAAGCUAAACCAAAACCUAUUAUUAAUUUUAGUAUCUGCAAGCCACCGAAGACAAUUUCUAGUGUACUGCUUGAUGUUGCAAGUUCAAAUGAACCUAGCAUAAAGCGUAGAAAAUUAAAAAUUAAGCCAGUGAACUUUCACUCAGAUGAAUCAGCCAUUCCGUCAACGUCUACGUUAACUAAUACACAUGAACUGUUUGGUCACAACAAUUCUGGACAAGCUGUAAAUAGUGUGAUUCCAAAAAAGGAACAAGCUGCACAGUAUGUAAAAGAGGUAAAAAAAUCAUUAUCAAAAGAAACAUUUAAAACUUUCAAAACCAUAGUUAGUGAGUAUCAAACUGGCGAUAGUAACGUAACCAAAUUAUUAAUAAAAUUGGAGAAAAUUUUCAUUGAAAAUCACAAAUUAAAGCACUUACUAAUCGGUUUCAAGACAUUUUUAAAACCAGAUCACUUGGAGCCCUUCGAUGAACACGUAAAAUUAAUGCAAGAUUCAAACAUUUGGUAAAAUUUAUUUUUCAAUCAUUCUCGCAAAAUUGUUGAUAUUCUGAAAAAUCAGUAUUUUGUAUGAUAAGAAAUUUAUAGAUG